AUGUUCUCUGAACUGCGUCAGUUUCCAAGAAUGCAAGUUGUGUACCAUCCGAACUGUCGUCUGCCUCCACACGUGGAUCGUUCGUACGGCGCUUACUUGGAUAAGGUGGGGAGGGCACGUGGCGUUCCCACGCCUGAGUUAGCGGGGAAGGAUCGGUUUAAGUAUUCCGCCGUUCCGAAGAAAUUAUGUCCGAUGAAGAGCGCCACUCCUGACUUCCGGCCCCCGACAGAUAUGAUGACCCCUGGGCCUACGAAGCCGAGAAAUAGGGGGACACAGAGUUUGUAUCGAGAAUCAUCAGCUCAGACGACACCGUGGCAACCGGACGCGAUGCCGGCUGAGGAGUGUGAGGAUACGCCGGAAGUGAUGUAUUUAGAUAAGUUUGAAUGGGGACCUGGAAGUCCAUAUCGCAAAGGAGAUUUGCCGGCCGACUUUCACACAACGGAAAUGAUCAAUAAGAUGCGUCACGCGCGUAAAUGGACCGAGUUGGUGGAGAAAGGCGGAUACCCUCGCUGGUUGAAGAAUAGGGAGGGCAUCAUCACAGAUAUUGAAACUAAAGACUGGAUAUUUAGAGAGGCGGAAAUCGACGAACUCCAAGAUAUUCGCCUCGCCCUUCUCCAUAAGCUGCAGACACAGCAGCGUAAAAAGAGCACUGACCGCACAGUAACGAAGCUCGCGAAACUCUGGGCUAACAAAAAGACUGACAUGGAACAGAAGAUUGAUAACAUUCGACGGAAGAGGGAUAGAGAACUUCGCAAACUGACAACCUUACACAAGUGCGGGGGUCGAAUGGGACUCGUUCAAGAGAUGCGCGCGGCGCGGGGCGGCGGGAGCGCCACGGCGGCGGCGCGGGACCCCGCGUCCGACCUGCGCGCCCCGCGCGCGCGCCACGGGUACCAGGCGCGCAGGCGGCACGCGGAGAUCGCUUACGAUCCUAAUUUACUUUCUCUAGAAGACCACGAACAGCUAUCAGCACCGCCAGUGUGGCUUCAGAAGUGUGGUGAGAAUCUCGCCCUGACCUGUUCCGGCCAUCACAUCCAACGGGACACGACGCAGCUCUGCGAGAGGGAGACCAAGUGGAGCGAACAGUUCCUGGAAAAUUUGCACAAUGAUUUGAAAAAGGCACGUCUCGGAGCGGCUUUAACGUCUGCUGGGCCUCUCAGAGUGCUCAAGCCUCGUCGGCUCGUAGAGACUCCGAGACCCCCAACUCCUGAAAUGGAGGAAGUCCCUGAGGAAGACGAGGCGUCUCACCAAGCGGCGUUGACGUUACAGCGAGUUUUAAGAGGACGUGCUGUGCAGGUUUUGAUGUUCGAAGGACGGACUAGGGCCGCAGAACUCACUGAAGAGUUGAAGACUACGCACGGUCUGCAGAAGGAGGACCGAGCUCGUAUCGCCAAGGAAGAGUCCAGGGCCAGGGACUAUCAAGCCGUUCGCUCUGAGGCUGAACAAAAGGAGGAAGCAAUAAGUGCAUUAGUGGAGGAGUUGUGUGGAGGAGCGGUGUCAGCGGCUCUGGACUUCCUGGAGAAGGAGCUUAGGAGGCUAAAGGAGGAGAGAAGGCAACAUGCCUUUGUAUUGAUUGCGCUUCGAGAAAAAUCUAUGCGUGAAGCGGCGGAAGCUGGACGGAGACAGAAGGAGGAGCAUCGAAGAAGAGAACAUGACGAGUUGUUCAAGCAGGUGCUGGGAGUUACCCAGGAGACAGUGGACGCCUACCUGCGUGACGUCACGCGGCAGGCGGUGGAGCUCGCUGCGGAGGAGCAGGCGGUCCAGAAAGCGAGAGCCGACGCCGACGCCAUCGAUCGCUCCGUGAGAGAACACGGCUCUAUGUCAACAGCGGAGCAGAAUGAGAUGGUAGCUGAAUUGGUCCAACAGUUCUUACUCCCCGAAGCACAGAAAGCGGCUUCAAGGCAUCGCGUGUCAGCGCUCCAAGCAUCUAAACUGGAAGCGGCUAGAAGUUCUAUAUUUGGUCUUGUAGAUGAUGCUGAAGUCAGGACAGAGAAGUGUAUGCGCUGUGGACGAAGUUUGGACGAUCAAUGCAAAUGUCAGAUCUGUGAAAUUGAUAUGGAAACGGUCGAGACAGAAGCUAGAGACGAUCCCCGAUGGAAAUACACGAGACGUCGCGAGGACGUCACAAGGUCAACCGAAGAAAGGUUUCCCCCACAACACGACAUACGUUACUUGCUCGACGCUGUCGUUGAUGACGCUGUUUACUUAUCACGACUACAACGUCUGGAAGGUGAGGAGGUGAAGAUGUUCAUAGCACGAACUGUCCGUGAGGCGACCGAGAUCACGAUCGACGCGCGAGAAGUCGUCGAUGAACUCAUAUCCCGCGCGACGGGCGACGCCGAAGCGACCAAGAGGUCAGACUAUCAUUACUACAUGCGACGCAUCCACGAAGACGCCUUGGCGAGAACCGAACCGUUUGAAAGGACGACUAUCUGUGAGUAAACACACAAAUCUAACUGUCCCACCGAGCUGCCUUCAGAGCUGCGCCGGCGGGCCGAGGAGGCGCUGCUCGACGGCGCUUGUCAUUGCAACGACGACAGCAGAGUUAAAUUUAGCUUAGAGAGCAUGGAUGCUAUGAAGAAGUCGAACAUGUUGCCGUCCGAGCUUCGAGAGCUGGAAGAGUUGAGGCGUUGCAAGUGCGACACCGAUCCGUCCCCAAGUGCUGCGUCUGCUGCGUCUGUCGAAGCUUCUACCAUUGAAGAGUACGAUGAGGAGGGGAGCGAGGAAGAUCAAUGA